AACAAUCCAAUUAAGAAAAGUGAUAUAAAACAGUAUAAAUAAUAACACACUGACAUAAAGUAACACGUUUAAAGUACCUAAAAGAAAACAAACAUAAUGUCAAUCAAAAUUACAGCCGCGUGUUUCGCGCUUUACCUUUAUAUCAGUACUUGCGAAUCAAACCCCUGUUCGUAUCAACAGGGGUAUGAUAAUAAAGGUUUUUUUAUACCAGAAGUCUACGAUGACUUAAUUAAUGAUAACUGCAACGUAUGCAUUGGAAGACCAUACCCGAAAGUUCCCGAAAACCAAUACAACCCAUCUGACAAUAAAGAAUCAGGUUAUGAAUCCCAAGACUGUUAUACAGAAAAUACGAUAAUAGACGAGGAAUGCGAAGCAACAGGUGAUGACGAAAAUGAAACAGAAUAUGAGGGGAAGAACAGCGCAAAGUAUGAUGAUGAGAAUGAACCUGAAGAAAACAAUAAGUACAAAUCGAGUAGUAAAUAUGAGUAUGAACCAAAUAAUGAUGAUGAUGAUGAUGAGGACAAGUAUCAACCCAAAUAUGAUAAUGACGAAGAUGACGAUGAUGAGGACGAUGAUGAUGAUUGCGGAGAAUGUGACUCAGAAUAAUGACCCGAAAACAUAAAAAGCAAAAGUAUAAUUAAAUAUUAAUUUGCGUACUUUGGCAUUGCAACAUAUACCAUAUUCUAUUAGUUGCUAAAUAUAAUAAUAAUUAUGUCAGUUUUAAAGAUAAAUGUGUGAAAAAAAAAUUUAUAAACAAUCGGACUUAACUUUCCUAUCAGAAAAUAAUUCCAUACUGAUAAUAUGUCACAGAACUCAGUCUUCGCCGCACUUGCUACUUACAAUGUGUAGGAGGAAUUUCCAUCAGACGACUCAAAACUAAUAAUUAUCUUUACCAUUACUUCCACGAGGACAAAGCAAUAAAGAUAAAAAUAGAAAAUUGUUGGCUUUUCCCACUAGCACAGAUAUGAGUAUAAUUAGCAGUAAGUUCCAUGAUAUUUAAUAUUUAAAAAGACCUGUCAGAAAACUGUAUCCAGUAACACAUUUAUUUAACAACGAUCAAGAUGAAUAUAUUCUUUAGUGUAUUAAUAUGUGUGAUUUAUACUUUGGGUCUUUGUGCAGUACAAGGUGAUAAUUAUGUAGAAAAUCAGCAUGAAGACAAUGAAUACCCAGAAUACAAUUAUUGGAAACCUAUGGUUUCUUUCGAUGACAAAGUAAAACCAGUUAAAGAAACGGACGUAAAAUCUGACGAUAAAUUUGGGUAUCUAAGACCCUACCAACCUCCGUCUUUAAUACAUGGACUGAAUACUUAUCCACAUUAUGCCUGCGACGGAUUCCCUGCACAUCUCCACAAGCCGAUCUGGUCGUAUCCUGAUAUUAAUUACUUUGUUAAGAAAGUCAACAAGGAUAAGCCAUAUGUCUCAUAUGAAAAUAAAUAGGUGUUAAUUAUU